GCAAUGGAGGGAGGAACACACUAGACAUGCAAAAUGGUGGCUAUUCCAGCCUCAGCACAUCUACCGCAGGCGGAGGGUUACACUGACAUAUCCCAGAGGUUUGUGAAAGAAGCGCGGACUGGCUCCCGGCGGCGCACAGAGCCGAAGUUUAUCAUCACCGUUCAGUAACGUUAGCUUCUAGCUUCUAGUAGAGGACUUCUUCACAGUCUGUGCCUCUGCCAGAGACUCCCACCUGAUAUGCCAGUGCUCACUGGACACCAUGGGGCCUUUCCACACUUUAGGCAUUACAGGACUUCAGCACACUAUUAACAUGGAUGGCAGGGACGAAUUCACCGAAGACAGUGAAUGCUGCAGCAACAACUCCCAGGAAGUACAAGAGCAGGAUAGCAUCUCAGAAGACAGUGAUAGUGACCUUAACAACCACGGUGAGGACUCGUCCUCCAACGCCUCCGCCGGCGACCACAUGAGCACCAAGAGAACGCAGUGCCGCCUACAAGGAGCGGGAGUCAAAGAGGAGAGCGAGGAAGGGGCAGACCACGGCAUCAACUUUGUUUGUCCUCUCUGCACGCUGGAUUUCAGCAGCCCUGAGAAGCUCAUCUCCCAUGUCUACCAGCACACGACUAUGAUGAGCAAUAGCAAGAGCUACGUGUGCCCAGUGUGUGGGCGAGCCCUGAGUUCGCCUGGCUCGCUUGGACGGCAUCUUCUCAUCCACUCUGAGGACCGCCUGUCCAACUGCGCUGUCUGUGGCGCACGCUUCACAGACACCAACAACUUUAACAGGGAGAAGCUUAAAGAUGUCCUCGACACAACCAUGAUGGAUGUCCCCGAUGGAAGUGACACCUGUUCCAUGUCCCUCUCUAGCAGCCCCAUGACCAGCCCGGGCCACAGCACUUGCUCCUGCCACGGACCAGGCCCCAGUUCAUGUCAGGGCCCUCACCCCUGUCAAGCACCUGACCCCAACCCCAAUCUACAUCAGGCCCAUCGUACCUGCCAGGGACCAGGCCACGUCCUGAGCCAGUGUCAAGGCCCCAGACCAUGUCACGGCCCAGGACCAUGCGCAGUCUCUGACCAAGGACCCUCCUUUCCCUCAUUGCCCGACAGCCUUCUCUCCGAAGGGCCAUCAUUGGCAUCUAUCCCCGAUGCUCUUAACUCCUCCUCCUCAGGCUUUCCUCCCAUCCCUGACAUCUUGAGCCCUAUGACGGUGUAUCCUGCCGGAGUGCUGCUGGUGUGCAACAGCUGCAUGGCCUAUCAGCAGUUAGUGGAGGCCCAGUCGCCGCUGCGAAAAUGGGCCCUGCGUAGAAAGAACGAACCCUUGGAGGCCCGCAUGCAGCGUCUAGAGCGCGAGCGCACCGCAAAGAAGAACAAGCGAGCGUGUGAGACGGAAGAUGAGAGGGAACUGAGGAGGCUGCGGGACCGCGAGGCCAAGCGCAUGCAGAGGAUGCAGGAAUCCGAGGAGCAGCGGGCACGCAGGCUGCAGAGGGACAGGGAGGCCAUGCGUAUGAAGAGGGCCAACGAGACGCCAGAGAAGAGGCAGGCCAGGCUGAUCCGCGAGAGGGAGGCGAAGAGGAUCAAGCGACGGCUGGAGAAGAUCGACCCUGCUCUGAGGACACAGAUAGAGCACGAUCCUGCUGCCAUGGCUGCCCUCACAGCAGACAUGAGCCUCUUUCAGUUCCCCUGCCCUAUGCCUGUCCCUUCCAUUGAUAAUGGUCUGUACAUGAAGCUGCCCUAAAGGGG